AUGGGAUCAUGCUGCACUGGAUCUUAAGGGUAGGAGAAGAAUUGUCAAAUCAUCUUAUAAACUUAAAUACAAAAUACUAUCAUAUCUGACUACGAUAUUAAAUACCAUAAGCAGAUUCAAUUCAUUCAAGGUAAGAUUGUGAACUAUGUGUAAGCAUGUGCAAGAGGAUAUCUUGUGAGGAAAAGAUAUUAAAAUCUAAUACAAAAGUUGAGGAAAUAGAAGAUGAUAUCAAAAGAACAAUACAAUUAUUCUAAUGAGUUAAGUUUCAAAGACACUUUCCCAUUUCAAGACCCUAAACUAACUUAAAUGACUAAAAAUCCACACCAAUAAAUAUACCAAGUUAAGAAAUUACCAAAAGUACCUGACUAUUUAAGCAGUAGAAUUAACAAGGUAAUCUGACAUUUUACUUUAAUUGAAAGAUUCUGUUAUUAUAUACAAAUUUUAAGUAUGACACAGAAGAGGACAAUAAAUUUAAUUUUCCAAUAUAUUAACUAGAUGACGGUUCCAUUUACCAUGGACAGUGGAAAAAUGGGUAAGCAAACUAAUUAUUCAGUCUUAGACAUGGAUGUGGAAAAUAAUAUUGGCAAAAUGGUACCUUUUAUGAAGGAUAUUGGGCCUUUAAUAUGUUUGAUGGUCGUGGGAGGUUGGUUCAUAGUGAUGGCAACAUUUAUGAGGGAGAAUUCAGAAAUGAUAAAGCUUCUGGCAAGGUAUAUUGAUUCAUUAUCUCUCUCUAGGGAAUAUACUACAGUAUUGAAGGAUUAAAAUAUGUAGGUGAAUGGGAAAAUGAUGUGUAAAGCGGCCAAGGUAUGGAGAUUUGGCAUGAUGGAACUACUUACAGUGGAGAAUAUAAGAAUGGACUUAAAAACGGAUAAGGAGUAUUCAAAUGGUCUGAUGGAUCAGUCUAUACAGGAUAAUUCGUUGAUGGUAAUCUUGAAGGAGUUGGGUAAUUCAAAUGGGAAGAUGGUAGAGUCUAUGAUGGAUACUGGAAGAAUAAUUGUAUGCAUGGAAACGGAGUAAAUUUUAAUUUUAGUUUGAGUCGUUUAAAUGGCCAGAUGGAAGGAAAUACGAGGGGUAAUACAAUAACGGUAUCAAAGAAGGUGUAGGUCAAUUCGAGUGGCCUGAUGGUAGAGUAAUAACAGAUAUCUUUAUUUAUUUAGCUCUACAAAGGGGAUUGGCAGAAUAACAAAUAACAUGGCAUUGGAAUCUAUUUAGGAUACAACGGAAUCGAAAAAGAAGGAGAAUGGGCUGAUGGGAAACUUGUUAGAUGGAAUAAAGGUAAAGCAAGGAUGUCGUUAAUCUGA